UCUACGUUUCAACCGACUCUCCCAAUCAAACGUCAUUCAUAUAUAAAGACCUGUACUUCCAUUCUCUCUCUCAUUCGCAUCAUUUCAAUCUUGUUCCAUCAAUCUCCUGAUAAUUGUGAAGAUCCAAAACCCUAGCCUCUUUCAUUUCGAAAGAUUCUCUGCGAAUUUUGUGAUUAAUUUGUGAAGAAAUGGCUCGUACCAAACAGACUGCUCGCAAAUCAACUGGUGGUAAGGCUCCGAGGAAGCAACUCGCCACCAAGGCUGCUAGGAAAUCAGCACCAACAACUGGUGGAGUCAAGAAGCCUCACCGUUACCGCCCUGGAACCGUUGCUCUUCGUGAAAUUCGCAAGUACCAGAAGAGCACUGAGCUUCUGAUCCGCAAGCUGCCUUUCCAACGCCUGGUUCGUGAAAUCGCUCAAGACUUCAAGACCGACCUUAGGUUCCAGAGUCAUGCUGUGCUUGCGCUUCAGGAAGCUGCAGAGGCCUAUUUGGUGGGUCUGUUCGAGGACACCAACCUAUGCGCCAUCCAUGCCAAGAGGGUGACAAUCAUGCCCAAGGACAUUCAGCUUGCUAGGCGCAUCCGUGGCGAACGUGCUUAAAUAUGUUUAGUUUGUUUUCAUAUUAAUUUCUUAGGUAAUUAGGUGUUUUAGAGCAGCAGCCAUUGUUACUUGUUUCUGUAUAGAAGUAAGCAUUUAUUUUUGAACUUCAGGUUGUUGAUACAUAUAUGACAUUAUAAUUUUGCCCAUCAAUAUGCUAUUCAGUUUUUCUUCA